GUUGAGCCCUAAAGUGAGAUGCCACCUUGCACACCUGUUGGAGCUGAGCACAGCCUCGGCUCCGGGACAGCAGCCCGCCCUUUGUAACGUGCAUGUGUUUUCUUUGAACGUUACAGAUGCGCGUAGACCACACAGCUGCUGAAAUGGUCUGAGUUCUGCGUCUCCUUUCCCAACAAUGAACGGUUCAAAACCGCCGGUCCCGUCUGGAUUCGGAAUCUUUAAAAAUACGACCUGCCACACAGAGAAAAAGAUUUCGGUAUUUUUUUCCAUAAUCUUCAUGACAGUGGGGAUUUUGUCGAACAGUCUGGCAAUAGUGAUUCUCAUGAAGGCAUAUCAGAGAUUUAGGCAGAAAUCAAAAGCAUCCUUUUUGCUUUUUGCAAGUGGCUUGGUUGUCACCGACCUCUUUGGCCAUCUCAUCAAUGGAACCAUUGCAGUGUUCGUGUAUGCAUCUGAUAAAGACUGGAUUCGAUUUAAUCAGUCAAACGUUCUUUGCAGUGUUUUUGGCAUAUGUAUGGUAUUCUUUGGUUUGUGCCCUCUCUUUCUGGGUAGUGUGAUGGCGGUUGAACGUUGCAUUGGAGUCACUAAGCCAAUAUUUCAUUCUACAAAAAUGACUUCUAAACAUGUGAAAAUGAUGUUGACUGUGGUAUGUCUCUUUGCUGUUUUUAUUGCUUUUCUGCCUAUUCUUAGGUUGAGAGCCUAUCAAAUUCAAGCAUCACGGACCUGGUGUUUCUAUAAAACAGAACAUAUUGAGGACUGGGAAGACAGAUUUUAUCUCUUGCUUUUUUCUUGCCUUGGGUUACUGGCCCUUGCCAUUUCAUUCUUGUGCAAUGCGGUGACAGGAGUUACUCUGUUAAGAGUUAAAUUUAAAAGUCAACAGAGACAAGGCAGAUCUCAUCAUUUUGAAAUGAUCAUUCAGCUAUUGGCUAUAAUGUGCGUGUCUUGCAUUUGCUGGAGUCCGUUCCUGGUGACAAUGGCCAAUAUCGGAAUAAAUGAAAAUCGGUCACUGGAGACAUGUGAAACAAUACUUUUCGCUCUUCGAAUGGCAACGUGGAAUCAAAUAUUAGAUCCUUGGGUAUAUAUUCUUCUAAGGAAAGCUGUACUUAAAAACCUCUACAAGAUUACAAGGGGAUGCUGUGGUAUGCACAUCAUGAACUUGCGUAUGUGGGAACUGAGCUCCAUCAAGAAUUCUUUAAAGGUUGCAGCAAUUUCUGAGUCACCAUCAAGUUCCAAACAAAUAAAUAAACAGUCACUCAUCUCAAUGGGGCAAUAAAAUCAAAUACGGUCUGUGAAGAAACAUUGGGGGUAAUGAUCAUACAUUGAGAACACCUUCACACUUCUUAUAAUGAGGUUAAGUGAUUUGUACUUGUUUCAAAUCAUAAGAGGUUUGUUCUUAUUACUUAUCAGUUUGACACUGCUAUUCCAAGGCAUGCACUUGAGUAUUUUAGUUCAAUCUCCUUAUGGGCCCUUUCCAGUAAUAAAAACAAAUAACUACAUUUCCCCAUUUCUGUUAUCAAA